UAUGUAACUUCGAGAGGAGACUUCGAUUGAGCAUCUGGGGAAUAUGCCGAAAGUCGAAUCUGUAAUUCUGUAAGUUAGGGUGCAACUUGUAACUAAUUCGCAUAUCGGCCACAUCGACAAGCACAAGCUAGUCCGCUAGUCCUCACCUUCUGGGCGCAUAGUAUCGAGCUACGAUCGAGAUGGAAGGGCAUAAUCCCGAACUGGUUCAGCUGUUGAACGCCCUUGCAUUCCCGACGGAUCAAGCAACCUAUACCCAGGCAGACAACGCUCUUCAAGCAGGUCUGAAACAACCGGGUGUAUACGGUCAGCUUCAAGCCAUUUCGGCGACAAGAGAGUUCCCAAAAGAAGUCAGGCUCCUGUCAGCUCUGUUAAUCGGUCGAGAGCUACCCAAGAAAUGGAGAGCUAAGGCGAUCGUACCGGAUGAGCUCAAACCGGAGAUUAGACAAAGGUUCUUCCAGUUCUUCGACGAAGGAGACUACCAGAUCGCUCGAGCUCAAUUGAGGACCCUCGUCACCAUCGCUCGUCAAGAAUACCCUCGAACCUGGCAAUCACUUCCAACCGAUCUACUCAACCCUCUUACCUCUUCCUUUGCUCACAUCUCUUCCCAUUCGACCGGGGACCUCCAAGACCAGGAACGGAAUCGACAGAAAGUCAUCCUUCUGAACAGCCUGUGGACUUGGAACGCUUUUGUCAAGGAAUGGAGGAGCGUGAAGUUACCUGUCGGGCAGAAGUUGAUGGCCGAGUUCAUUCACUCAUUGAGGACACCGAUGUAUCAGUACCUGGAUUUCUUCAUGGCAAGGGAUCCGGUUUUGGAGGAUUGGGAAUUAUGGGAGAGCGCUAGGUAUUGUUUCAAGAUCUGCGCGAGAUUGGCGGAGUGGGAAUUCAGUCGACCUGCCGAUAAACGGGUUGAUCAGGAUCCCAGUCGGAUCACUCAACUGGUGACCAACUCGCUGGGAUACUUGUCGACCCUCCAAACCAUUCGCCUUCAACUCCUCUCGUCUCCCUACUACACCGUCCCAUCCAGAGAAUACCCGGCUGCAAGCACCGCACCCGCUAGGAUGUUAAAGAGUCUGACAAAAUUCAUCCGGGUCAUCGGAAAGACCUACGAGGCGCUCAUGCAUAUCGACCCGAAGACGUUUGUUGCCAUCCCCGGAACUGUUGGGGCUGUAGGGUGGUGGUGGAGCGAAGUAGCGGGUGCUGCAGAGAUGGACGAAAUGCCGCAGGAAGAUGAUGAAACUGCCAAGUAUCCCAAAAGGUUCUUGCUCCUCGGGUUGAUCCUCUUCAAGAAUAUAUUGCCAACCUUGUCCGUUGAUCAUCCUGAAGUCUUCACCGAUCAAUUCAUUGCAGACGCUUUCAACCUUCUCAUCGAUCAUUUACUACCCAUGACCGACCGUGAUUGGGAACAGUGGAACGAAGAACCUGAAGAGUGGCUGGUCGAGAGCUUGGACGUUUCGCAAGCAUGGAGUUAUGACUUCAGGCCUUGUGCUGAACGGGUCCUCAUGUCCCUGAGUUCCGCAUCUCGGGGGAGGAAGGUUAUGGAACCUCUUCUGUUGCAGAAGUUGGAGGCAGUGAUGGCCCUACCGAAAGAUACAUUGAACAACUUGUUGAAGCAGGACGCGGUCCUCUGUGCUGCUGGUAGGAUGUCGAGGGCUCUGAUGGACCAUAUCAAGUUAGAUCAGAUCCUCUCUCUCCUGGCGCCGGCUUUGGCCUCCAGCAAUACAGAAGAUCGGAUACUCAAAGCUCGUGCCGCAUGGCUUAUCGGGCAGUGGGUUUCUUCUGACGAGGACGCUGCGAGGCUGCAAGUGGUUUGGCAGAUGCUGUUACACCUCUUGACUGUACGGCAAGACGAAUCGUCAGACAUGGCGGUGACAAUCUCGGCCGCAAUGGCUUUGAAGGAGUGCAUUGACUUGUGGGAGCUUGAGGUCUCGGUAUUCGAGCCGUACAUCAGGCAGAUCGCCCGCGAUCUCCUCAAAGCGAUAGAUACGGCAGUCACCUUGCCAGGCAAACGGGCGAUCCUGGAAUGUUUGACCAUCUUGAUCGACAGAGUGCGGGACAAGAUCAUGCCAUAUCUUCCCGAUAUCAGUGCUGCCAUUCCGCAAUUGUGGGCUGGAUCUGUCGAUCUCGACGGAGAGUGGCUAUUCAAGGCCUCUUUGGUCGUCAUGGCAUCCAAGUUGGUUGUCGCUGCUGGGUCCCAAACGUCUCACAUCCUGCAUCUGAUCGUGCCUCUCAUCGAAGAGAGCUUGACCGGACCUGCCAAGGAGCACUUUGAGGAGGAUGGCAUGGUACUGUGGCAAGUGGCACUUCGAGCGGUCCCAUCACUGCCCUUGAAUGAUCAAACCGGCCUGGCAAAGUUGUUCACCGGCCUACUUGGACUGCUUGCGGAAAAUCUGGAUGUCUUACGGACAACAGUGUCCCUCAUGGAGUCAUACAUGAUUUUGGCAGGAGAAGAUCUGAUGCAGGCUUAUGGCGAACAAGUCAUCCGGGCGUACGCGGCUGCGCUCAACCAGGUUCCGAAAGAAUCUACGAGAAUACUAUUGGAAUCCCUCGAUGUCGUCCUGCAAGUGUCAAGUCCGAGCACCUGGAUCUCGCACUUUGUCAACACUGGCCUUGCGCAAAAAGCUUGCGACAUUAUCGACGACCCGAAGACUGGCGGUCCCGAACUUGCAGCAUAUGACACCCUCUUGGCGAGAGUCAUCUUGCGGGAACCAACCGCUUUCGCGACGUUUGUCAACGCCUACGCGCAAACUCAGGUGACGGCCAACGCUGUAGCCAAGCAGCUCGAAUUGACCAUCGAUGCCAUGUGGCGCGCUUACGAAUAUGUCGGGGACGCCAAGAGACGGAAAAUGGUAGCCAUGGCGUUUGCCAACUUGCUUCUACUGGGAGAGGGUGCCGUUUUCGAGCACAUGGAAGGAGAGUUCGCCAACGCAUGGCUGGACACGCUCGGAGAGAUCAAGGAGAAUCCUGACGCCGGCAACGAGAUCGUGCGAAAUUGGCAGGAUUCUCAAGGCCUCUUGGCGAGUGACCUCGAAGGUACCGAGGAAUACAACCGCCGAAACGCACUUUCAGCUGUUGAUCCGGUAUUCUCGCAAACGCUCAAGGCAUACAUUGCUGAACGAUUAACGCGAGCACAGGAUUUGGGGAUGAGGCCGUAUUGGGAUCGCUUGGAUCAGGGAAUCAAAGACUCGCUCACCAAGUUCCUCUCUUAGAUAAGCUACCAUUUAUGAACGCAUUAACGACCGACUGCUAUCAUACAGUCCAUGUACAGUCCCCAAUUAGCAUUGCACUAUGAAUCAAAUUAGAGACCCCGAAGAA